CUUCUUCUAGAACCUUCUCCUUCGUCGCAUCGUCGCCUUCAAGGUCACACUACCUCGCACAACAAUGGAGUUCUGGGGUGUUGAAGUUAAGAAUGGCACACCACUUCAUAUAGAUCCUGGGGUAGAUAUGCUCGUGCACAUCUCACAGGUUGCUUUGGGAGAGAAUAAGAGCAAUGUAACCGAACCAAUCCAGCUUUACCUGACGGUUGGACAGGAUAAGCUUCUCAUUGGAACGCUAUCUCAUGAGAGCUUUGUUGAUGAAUAUCAUUUGGGGAAUUGUUGUUUUGCUCUGUUUUUGACUUCCUUGACUCUCUAUCUCACCGUGACUGAUAAUAAGACUGACGCUGAACUUGAGGCUGCUGGUUACAGAGCUGCUCCGAAAUCAGCUGCGAAACAGGUGAACUUUCAAUUGCCAAAUGAAGAUGUCAAGGCCAAGCAAGAUGAUGAAGCUGAUGAUAGUGAAGAGGAGUCUUCAGAUGAUGAUGAGAACUCUAACUCUGAAGACUCUGGAGAUGAGGAGGUUGCUGCUGCAGUUGGCAGUGAGGAAGACGAUGAAGAUGACUCAUCAGACGACGAAGAAGAUGACUCAUCAGAGGAGGAGACCCCAAAGAAGCCUGAAGAACCCAAGAAGAGGUCUGCAGAAGCCAACUCCUCCAAGAACCCUGCUUCCAACAAGAAGGCUAAGUUCGUAACUCCUCAGAAAACAGAGACGAAGAAACCGCAUGUCCAUGUUGCAACUCCUCAUCCAUCAAAACAGGGGGGUAAGAAUUCUGGUGGAAGCAGCAUUGGAGAGAAAUCGAAGCAGCAGCAGACACCGAAGUCUGCAGGAGCGUUUGGGUGCAAGUCGUGCAGCAGAACCUUUACUUCGGAAAUGGGAUUGCAGUCUCACACAAAGGCCAAACACAGUGCAGCUGCUUGAAAAUCAUAAGAAAAAGCAGCUUGAUGACUACUCUCUAUAAUAUCUAGUUAUCUACUCUAGAACUUUGAUGUCUUUUGGUACUCAAAUCUGGAACUUGCGAGUGAGCCAGUUUUAGUUGGUCUUUUUUUCAGGCGUUUUAUCCUGUUUUUCUUUUGUCGUUUUGGUAGCUGAAACUUUGCUAAACGUUUGUUUGUGCUUAUUAGUGGUAAUAUGGAUAUUAAGUCUUUUUGGAGACUUUUCUAGUGCAAAACCUACAUUUGAAGUUUCUGUCCAAAAUUUACAUUGAUUGAAGAUUAGUCGCAAAUCAGCUAAUCAAUACGUGACAUAAAC